AUGGAGUCGCCCGCGCCCGCGCCCGCCUCUGGCGACUAUCGGGGCGAUGCCCCCGACGUGCCCACCGCGGCGUCGCCGCCGGCCUCUCCGCCCACGUCCCCGGCCUCCUCCCCCUCCGCCCCUGCCCCCUCCGAUGCCUCGACGCCCCUGAUCUGGGCCGACCUUGCGGAGGACGAGGACGUCGCCGCCGGCCGCCCUGUGGUCUGCCGGGACCGGGUCCCCCCUCCCGCCCCUGCUCGCUCGCCGACGCUCCUUGCCCCCAGGGGUGGGGGUUCGGCUGCCCGUGCGCGAGCGCAGUCCCGUCGAGGAUCGAGCUCAGCUCGGCCCUCUUCGGGGCAAGGCCCGGCCUUGGGGACGGGACGAUCCCACCGCCGCCGGCGCGCGGCUGGCUGGGGGGUCACUGGUCGUGCGGACCUGGGCCCUGCCCGGUCGUCAUGGCGGUCUUCGGGCGUUGUGGCCGUGGCCGAGGUGGCCACGCCGCCCCCGGAGAUCGCCGCCGACCUGUUCGUGCCCGCCCGCCACACCCCUUUCCGGCCGUUCAUCGCCACCUUCGGUUCCUCCUGGCUCCGUUUCGUCUCCGUCCACCGCGCCGUUCGCCCGUGCCCUCCUCUCCGGCGACCUGCCCCCGCCCCCCCGGCGCCGGCGGCGGUAGGGGAAACCCUCGCCGUCUGCCCGUCCCGGGCCUGCGUGGUGGGCCGCCCCUCCCGGGCUGGACCGCCUCCCGCUGCGCCUGCGGCUGGGCUGGUCCUGGGCCUGGGACUGCCAAGGCCCACGGAGGGUGCCGGCCCGUCCCAAGGCCUGCUGACCCGGCCUCCUCCAGUGCACUCGAUCUGGCCCCCGCAAGGGUUUCCAGUCCAGCCACCUCGCUCCCCUCUCCCCUCGGUUCCCCCCCCGCCGCCUCGGCUCGCCCCUGCUGCGCCGGCCCUCCCUCCCUCCCCCGACCUCGGCCCCGCCCCCUCGCCGGAGAUGACACGCGAGUGGGGGACAACGCCGGCCGGCCCAAGCGCGGGGCCUGGACGACCGCCGUGCCCCGUCCCGCUCGUCACCCGAGGGCCUUCGCCGGGAGGCGGACCUGCGCCGCGAGCUGGACUCCAGGGCCUCGCGCCGCUCUCCUCCCCGCGAAGCUCGGCAUUCCCCCAGCCGUGA